AUGGACAAAAAUGAUCCUCUCAGACAGCCACUGAUCCCUCAGGCAGACGAGAUGGGUCAAGGAGAUUCUGCCCUGGCCAUUAUUGGCAAUAGGCGCGUCCAGCUUACUGAAGAAGAGAAUAGGAAAAUACGGAGGAAAACAGACAAAGUCAUCCUUGCUAUCCUUGUCUGGGUUUACUUCUUGCAGAUCCUUGAUAAAACUGUUCUAGGCUAUGGAGCAAUCUUUGGCCUUAUUGAAGAUACACAUCUCUCUGGUAACCAGUAUUCACUCAUUGGUUCGAUUGGCCCCAUAGCCCAACUGGCAUGGCAACCCUUUUCAAUGAUUUUAAUUGUUAAAGUGCCACAUCGGGUCCUAAUGCCAACCUUGGUUCUCGGCUGGGGAUUGGCACAAGCUGCGAUGGGCGUCUGUAAUAAUUUUGGGGGUUUGCUUGCCACAAGAUUCUUUUUGGGCCUUUUCGAAGCUGGAUGUCUCCCCCUUUUCAGUGUCAUUACCAGUCAAUGGUAUCGCAGAGCCGAGCAGCCCAUCCGAGUCGCAGCUUGGUAUGGUACAAAUGGCGUUGCUACCAUUGUUGCCUCUGCGUUAUCCUACGGUUUAGGUCACAUACCAACUCAAACAAUGCGGUCAUGGAGAAUAAUAUUUAUCUUUGUCGGACUGGUCACUAUCAUAUCAGCCCCAUUCGUUUAUUGGAAACUGGAUAAUGAUAUCCCUUCUGCUCGUUUUCUCACGGAGCAUGAGCGCGAACAAGCCAUCGAACGCCUCCGUGCCAACCAAACGGGGACUAGGGCAACGGAGUUCAGGUGGUCACACGUCUUUGAAGCGCUUCUUGAACUGAAAACAUACUUGUGGAUUGCAAUGAGCUUGCUUCUCAACAUCGGCGCGGCCGUCACAAACACGUUUGGGCCACUCAUCCUCAACGGCUUUGGGUACGACAAAUAUAUCACAUCACUCCUCAACAUGCCGUUUGGAGCAGUUCAAGUUAUUGUUAUUAUGCUGGCGUCAUAUUUUGCCCAAAAACAUCGGAGAAAAUCUGCGGUGCUGAUCCUCCUGAUACUUCCGGUUAUUACAGGGCUCUCAAUGUUAUAUUCUCUCCCACCAGAAAGUUCUCAUAGUGUGUUAGUAUUGGCAUACUAUUUGCUUGCUUGUAUCUUUGGCGGAAAUCCACUCAUUGUUACCUGGAUUGUUGGAAAUACCGCGGGUACUACCAAACAAUCGAUAAUCACCUCACUAUACAAUGCUGGAUCGUCAACUGGCAAUAUCAUUGGGCCAUUAUUGUUCGUCAAGGAAGAUUCGCCUCGAUACAGAAAUGGAUUGCGCUCAGUUCUGAUAUCAUUCAUUGCUCUCGCCGUCGUAAUACUAGCUCAAGUUGCGAACUUAGUUGUCCUCAACAAAUUACAUAGGCGAUCAAGAGCAGCAGAGGGGAAAAAAGCUAACAUCAAGGAUGUAUCCAUGAAUGAGCAAUACGCAGAGUUCGAUGAGGAAAAUGAUGGCCUGGAGUUUGCGGAGUCCCAGGGCUCUGAAAGUCAGGACGAAAGAACUGGCGAAAUGGACACCGCCAGAAUAAUUUCACGGAGACGGCUGGGAGAGAAUGCUUUCCAGGACUUGACUGAUAAGCAGAAUAACGAGUUCAUAUAUAUCUACUGA